AUGAAAAGGGGGAGUCUACCUUUCAAUCUAAACUAUCAGAAAAUUGCAAUAAAUGGAAACAAAGAUCCAAAAUCUUCUAAAAAUGAAAGCAGCUUCUCUCUUGUGCAACAAUGAGCUGACAAAGUUAUAGGACUUAAGAGUCUUCUCAAGACAUAUGAGCAAUACAAAUUGAAUUCCCAAACGGAAAAAUAUUUGACCACUUUCAUCACUAAAUUUAAUGAAAACAUCGAUGAAGUUAUUGAACUCGUAGAAAGGGAAAUGAGAAAGAAAGAAACACAUAAAAGGAAGAGAUCUUCCUUUGCUCCUACACCUGCUCUCAUGAAAAGGUCUUCAGUCGAUGUACACCUGAAUAGGAAUUUUGGGCUGAAUAAUUUAGCAGCAUUAGGCUCUCAGAGUCCUAGAAGAGGGAUGAACUCUAAGCAGAAGAACAAUUUUAAUGAACCCAAUUUCCUCAAGAAUUAUUCAAGUAGAGAAUCGAGAAAGAAAGAGCUUUCUAAAAGGAAAUUUACAAUCGAUCCCAACCCUGAUGAUUCUGAUGACAGAUCUACUUUAGAAGCAUUGAAAAUGGUAAAUGAAGAAGUUGAGGAAAUUGAUCUCGAAAGUGAUAAGAAAUCAGUCGUUGAACUUAAGUAUCUUUCUGAAAAGUACUCUAAAGCUCAUGAAAUAAUACAGGAAAAGCUCCAGGAAAUAUCCCCAAUUCUUUCAAAGCCAACCAGUCCUCGUAAAAAGCAGAAAUUCUCUGUCAGAUUCUCUACCAAAGGAGAUGAUUUGUCACUAAUAGAAGAAUCUGAAGAAAAUAAAGUUAAACAUAAGUUGAAAUAAGGUGCUAAAUUCUCCAGAGAAAAUGAAGCUUGUGCAAGAAGACCUGACUGAGCUAAACCAGCGUAAAAUCAGAAUGAUAGAGUAUGAGAAAUACAUUCUUGAUCGAAGAAAAGAGCUAGUAAACCUUGAAAAGAACUCCCUCAAUUAUAUUAAUCUCAAGGAAGAGUUCAAAUAUGAGCAAAAUAAACUAAGCAUUCGGGAGUUAGAUAUCCUCGCUAGAGAGGGAAUAGUCUCACAAGCAGAGAAAGAGGUUAGUCUGAGAGAGGACCAAAUUAAGAGGGAUAAGACUAAGAUUAUCCAGAAAUAAAAAUAACUUAUCCAUAGCACUCACUCAAUACGAUGAUGCUGUUUAUCUUCUAGAAGAAAGAAAAAUAAGAAUCAAAGAAAUGGAAUCACAGCUAUUGGCACUUAAAAAGAAAUGCAUAUCAGACAACAAUCUUGCUCUAAAAUCUCUCAGCGACCGUGAGCACGCCUUACUCUCAAAAGAGCACUCUCUGCGUGAGAAAUAUCGGCUAUUAUCCAACAAACUGAACCACUCUGACCCAGAUGUGCUGUUGAAAAACUUGAAUAUCGAUUUAGAAAUCUAG